GUGGGUUGGGCUGUGCGGAGCCGCCGCUGUGCUCUCACUGUCAGUGCAGUUCUCGGGAUGCGGGAGCCGCGAGGACAUGACAUUGGGAGCGGAGGGAAGCGCUGUGCGGCACUGCCUGUGUCACGGGCUCUGUGUGGCGCUGUGCGCCGCCGCCUACUGGAACGGACUGCCCGGGGACCUGGUCCACGACGACGUGUGGGCGAUCGUCAACAACCCGGACGUGCGGACCCACAGCCCCACCACCGGAGCCUUCAGCAACGACUUCUGGGGCAAGAAGCUCACUGACAGCAGCAGCCACAAGUCCUACCGUCCCCUCUGCAUCCUCAGCUUCAAGUUGAACGUGUUGCUGGGUGGUAUGACUCCCCUUCACUUCCAUGUGGUUAAUGUGCUGCUGCACUGUGCUGUGACUUCACUGCUGCUCUACACGUGUGACAAGGCUGUCUUUGGGGAUUGUCACCUUGCCUUCCUCACUGCCCUGCUCUUCUCCGUCCACCCUGUGCACACGGAAGCCGUGACGGGGAUUGUCGGCCGAGCAGAUGUGUUGGCUUGCCUCUUCUUCCUUUUGGCUUUUCUCUCCUACAUUAGGAGUGUGGACAGCCGACGUUCGGGAGAAUAUUUUGCUCCCACCACCUCUCCCAUCUUCCUGCUGUUCAGUCUGUUGCUGGGAACCUGUGCAAUGUUGGUGAAGGAGACUGGUGUAACCGUCUUUGGAGUGUGCGUUAUCUACGACCUUCUCAUUUUGUGCCCUCGAAGACCUUUACUUAACCCAUCUUCCCAUAAGAUCAGAGGACUUGUAAAAGCGGGAACGCCUUUUCUGAAGAGAGCAGCAUUUGUCACCAUUUACGUGGUUGCCAUUUUGUUUUUCCGAGUGUGGAUCAUGGGAGGGUCAAUGCCCAACUUCUCCGAACAGGACAAUCCAGCCUCAUUCUCACCUCACCUGCUGACCAGAUUUCUCACAUACUCCUACCUGCUGGUCUUUAACGCAUGGUUGCUAUUAGCGCCGAUAACCCUGUGCUACGAUUGGCAAGUGGGGAGCAUUCCUCUGGUGGAGUCCUUGUGGGACGCACGAAACGUGGCCACAGCAGCAUUUGUCCUGGGCAUUCUCCUGCUGACCUUCACCUGCCUUCUGUCUGCCCAGAGGCUGGAACACAGGGAGAUUCUGGUUGGUUUGCUGUUCCUGGCACUGCCUUUUGUACCCGCCAGCAAUCUGUUUUUCAGGGUGGGUUUUGUGGUAGCUGAAAGGGUUCUGUACAUGCCCAGCAUGGGCUACUGUAUCCUGGUGGUGCAUGGAGUGAAGCGGUUGUGUGCGGUGCUCAGUAAGUGGGGAGCCUCUAUCGUGAUGCUGUCCACCUUGCUCCUACUGGGGCUAUUUUUCUGGAAGACAGUGAGACAGAAUGAGGUGUGGCUGUCCAGGGAGUCCCUCUUCAGGGCUGGAGUUCAGACACUGCCACUCAAUGCCAAGGUGCACUAUAAUUACGCUAACUUCCUGAAGGACCAAGGCCGCCAGAGUGAAGCAAUAUAUCAUUAUAAGACAGCCCUCAAGUUGUACCCACGUCACCCCAGCGCACUCAACAACCUUGGCACUUUGACCAGAAACGUAUCGGAGGCUGAGAUUCACUACAGACAGGCCCUGAAGCUGAACCCCCAACACAAUCGGGCUCUCUUCAAUCUAGGAAACCUUUACAAAUCCCAGAGGAGAUGGGCAGAGGCAGAGCACUUACUGAGGGACUCCAUCUCGUAUGGCCCCCAGUUCGGAGACGCCUUCUCCAGCCUCGCAGCCCUGCUGAUUGAGCAGGGCCGGCUCCAGGAGGCUGAUGUGAUCUAUCUCAGAGGCAUCGAGAAUUGCCUCGAGAACUCCGACUUGCACAACAACUAUGGUGUCUUCCUGGUUGACAAAGGAGAUGUGGAUGGAGCGACCAGGCAUUACCUGAGAGCCAUUGGCCUGAAUCCCAAGCAUCAUGUUGCGAUGGUGAACCUGGGCCGUCUACUCCGCUCAUCUGACAAGAACGAAGAAGCCGAAUCCUGGUACAAACGAGCUCUGCAGAUGACCAGGGAUGUAGAUAUCCUUUCUCCCCUGGGGGCUCUGUACUACAACACAGGGAGAUACGAGCAGGCACUACGCGUUUACAGUGAGGCCAUAGGCAUCCAACCCAGUAACACUGACCUUCAACUGGCGAUGGCGCAGGUCUUGUGUGCGGCUGGCAGAGUCAAAGAUGCUGAAAGAUUGAUCACCCACAUUGCAACUGAGAAGAUCAACUGUCUGGAGUGCUACCGGCUGCUGUCAGCCAUCUACAACAAACAGGGAAAUCUUGAAGAGGCACUUCAUGCUGUGCAGAAAGCACUUGAGAUGAAACCCAAAGAUGCCAAGAUUCUGGCCGAGCUUCACUUCUCCCAAGGGAAUAACUUCAGGGAGCUGAACCGUCUGGAUAUGGCGUUUGAGAGUUACAAGCGGGCCGUGGAGCUGAACCCACAGCUGUCACAAGGCUGGAUGAACAUGGGCGGAAUCAAGCACAUCAAGGGCGAUUACCCGGCGGCACGGGGUUAUUAUGAGAAAGCCUUGCAGCUUGUGCCCGGAAGCAAGAUUCUGCAGGAAAACCUUAGCAAACUGGACCGUUUGGAGAAGAGGGGCGAGCGAAGCCCUCAGAGACCCAGUGCAACGUGACGAAGCAAUAGCGCCUUGUCCAGCUCUCUCUGCUAGCGCCUGCAGAGCGUCAUCAGCCUCACCAGCUGCUGAAGAACAUGCAUCUCCUGAAAGAAAGGCUAUUGAAGCCAUCACCGUGAGUCCAGUCAUGGCUCAUGUCACCACAGCAAGCUCCAAUCUGUAGUGGGAUUUGAGCUCUGUCACACUGUGGCUUUCAUAUUAACCCAUUAAGCUCCCACUUUUUUCUUUUUCUCUCUCCAAAGUGACAGUGCGUAAAUGCAAUACAAAAGUACAAUACAAAAUUACAUUUGAAAAGCUCCUUUGAUGUUGGGAGGAAUACCCAAGGCGCUGAAAUCCCAAAGAGCUGAUUCCCAAUUCCAGUUCCAGUGACUCAUGGUUACUCCUGGGAGAUCAAACCAAGGUUCUUGGAGCUAAUUGGAAAAAAAAACUCAGCAACACAUAUGUCAGAUAUUUUCCACCAGUAGCUAUCCCAUUCAGAAUGCUCCACCAAUCCCUCACACUUCCUUCCAAACAAUCCUGUCCAUAACACUUCCACCCACUAUCCUGCCUGCAACAUUCUGACCUGGAGCAAUCCUGUUUUUCCUUAUUGUGCUUUUCCACUGAGCCCUCCGUGGUGUCAAAUCCUGACCACACAGAACAUCUGCAUGACCGAGUCUCGCACUGUCAGCCCCCGGUUUGUUACCCAGCCUGAGUGAAUGUGGGGUCAAGCAUUGAGAAUGCAUCGCACAACUCUUAAAGGAGAGUGGGAAUGAUUAUGAAACAAAUUUGAGGGAUGGAGCGUUUUGCAUUUGACAUUGUAAAAGAAAAUCGUGCAGCAGCGCAGUGCUCAGACUCCAAUCAGGUUCCAGUUCCACUGCAACACAUUUUAGUAUCUCUAUUUUUACAUAAAAUGUAUAAUUUAUUUAUAAAUAUAUGUAUUGAAUCAAUAAUAUAUUUCACUAUUGCUCGAUGUAUACACACAGUACAUAUGGAAUGUGAAGCGUUCGUUGGUGUGCACAAGCUGUAACAGGCCUGUCCGUCCGGCUUUUUAAUCAAAGAUUUUGU